AUGGAAGUGGAUGAUACAUUAGCCCCUGUUGCACUCUUUUCUCUCGCAGCCCAACAUAUCUCAGUAACGUGGACCCAGAGGACAGCCGAAUUCGCCAGCUACCUAUUUAUUAUUGACCUAUUCCCAACCACACUUUUGCCAGCAGCUCUGUACGGAUUCGUGACCACUCUUGCGGGUAUCCUGUUUGGCGGAAAUGCGGGAUCUCUGGUAGAUCAUCCCUCACGACUCAAUGUCAUUCGGUUCAAUAUCUUUCUCGCCAAGUUAUCAGUCGUUUGUCUUUAUGCAUUCCUGCUUGUCCUAUUUGUCAAAUUCCCAGCGGAGUCGAAAGAAGCGGGCCAGAGAAUUGGGCGGGGAGGACAUGGCAUCGUAUGGACUUUAUUCUCUCUGACUGCUGUUGCAGGUAGCGUGAUGAAGCUAGCAGAUAUCUCCAUGUCAGUUGCCAUUGAAAGGGAUUGGGUCACAACGAUCGCAGCCAACUCUAACGCGCGUCUCACACGAUUGAAUCUGUGGAUAAGGCGCAUCGACUUAGGCUGCAAGCUUUUAUCACCUUUGUUCACAGGCCUGUUGACAAGCACGGUCGGAAACACAACGACUCUUAUCAUCAUUGCAGCUAUUGCGCUCGGUGGAUUAUCAUUUGAAUUGCUCUGGAUUAACGUUGUUUGGAAACACUUUCCAGUUCUUUCAGAUAAUCAGAACCGUGAAGCACAUAGCCUUCACCCCGUUGAUGCUGGAACAAGUCACCUUGAUUCUCAAGUGGUACCGCCUUCCUCAAAGUUAUCAUUCAGUUCAAUCAAAACUUGGGCCAUGGUUUCGUAUGAGGAUUGGAAACUAUUUAUCCAUAGCCCAGUUUUUCUAAGCUCAUUGUCGAUCUCUUUGUUGUAUUUUACUACCCUUAGCUUCGACGGAACUAUGGUUGCCUGGCUGAAGACAAACACAUAUUCUGAUGGACUCAUUUCCGGGAUGAGGGGGAUAGCGGUUUGCACGGGAUUACUUGGGACCGCCAUCAUGCCUGUGCUGGAGAAAAAGGUUGGCUUGACAAGGGCAGGAAGUUGGAGUAUUUGGUCGGAGAAUUUCUCACUCCUACCAGUGGUUAUUUCAUUUUACAUUGGUACGAAACAGGGUGCAAAGGCACCUGCAUGGAACCAGGCUCUUCUUUUUGGAGGCAUGGCUAUAUCACGCAUUGGACUGUGGUCUUUUGACCUUUGCCAACUAAAGUUACUUCAGCUCACCCUAGCAGAUCAUCCACGACGAAACACCCUUAAUGGACUCCAAUUCUCUCUGCAAAACUUAUUGGAUUUAUUACGCUAUAUCAUGGUCAUCUUUCUGUCUCGACCGUCAGAAUUUAAAUACACAGCUGUGAUCAGCUUUGGAGCAGUCUUCUCGGCAGCAUCUUCGUACCUGGUUUACUUGCGUCGAGAAAGAGGGCAUCUCAUUCAUGCAGAAUGGUUCACGCGCAUGCGAAGAAAGUUUCAAUAG